CUAAGAGACCAGGAGGUGGAAAUAAGGAUUGGCUUAGAGAUACAAAAGAGAGAGUGGAACUUAGCCUGAACCAACUUGUCACUUGACUGACAGAUGUACAGGCUGGUGAAGAGCUGUCCUGUCUAAAGUGAUGGAUUCCGAUGGAUACGAUCGAUUCACUGGGCCUGAGCAACACAAUAACCAAUUGUGGCAAAAAAUAGUCUUCUACCCAGGCAAGCGGUUGACUUUGACCUACUUACUGUAUGGGAUUGUGUUGCUUCUCCUACUGAUAUUGGUGCUUAUUACUGGACUCAAGUUUGCUCAGCUACACCAAGAGGUUUCUGACAUCAAGCUUCUGCUCACGUCAAUGAAUUUGUCAUUGGUGGAACCACUCAGCAAACUGGCCAAGGCAGAGGCUCAAAUCUCAGACCUAUUCCCCAAUCACCGCAAACACAUGGUUCCACAGCAAGGGCCCUGUGAUGAAGGCUGGUUGUUCUUCCAGGGCAGCUGUUAUCUGCUGUCCUCUGACAGGGAUGACUGGCACGGUGCAGAGACAAAAUGUGAAGAGCACGGGGCACAUUUGUUGGUCAUCAACAAUGCAGAUGAGCAGGACUUCAUUGGCAAUGUUGUGCAGCAGACAAGCUACUGGAUUGGACUGGUGGAGAAAGGAGAGGAGGGUCACUGGAGCUGGGUGGAUGGAACUGACUUUUUAACAACUCCACAUUUCUGGGAUGUAGGGCAGCCGGAUGACUGGGAAGUGCCUCUGAAUGGGGAGGACUGUGGUCAGCUCCAUAUCAGCGUGUAUGAUGAUCUGCGAUGGAAUGACGCAGACUGCUCCCAGCGCUGUCGCUACGUGUGUGAGCAGAAGGGAAAGUGACACGGCCACGUCUGUGGCCCUGGUGUACAGGUCAUUCUUAGAGCAAGCUCUGUAAAAAAGCCGUAUUUACUUCGCGCUCAUUAGUUGAAGGCGUGUGAGUGCCACAUUUUGCUAACAUUUUGUCAGUCAACCUGCUUAUCAGUGUCCCGUUACUUUGUAAAUAAAAGGUCAAUUCCUAAUAA